AAAAGCCAAACUGUCAAUGAAAAAUUGAACCAACCAAAAACAAGCUUCCCAUCUAAUCAAAAAUCAUCUUUGGUUUUCCCUCUCUAGUUGGUUGAGGCAUUUGGUCGAACACCAUGAUCCCGGUGUGUUUCAGUCACCCCAAAGGAGAAGCAAGCAGCUCUCCAGUGCCUCAAAACCUAAUUACUUGCAUUUACCAAACUCAGCUCUGCAACUCACCAACAUAUCUCACCCUCACAUGGUCGAAAACCCUCUUUUCCCACUCCCUCACAAUCUACGCCGCAGACUCCUUCUCCCUCACCGUCUCCGUCUACCCAUCAACCUUCUCUUUCUUCAGAAACCGCCCAGGCUCCAAAUCCAUUCAUGUAACUCACCACCAUUACCAGAAGAUUAAAAUCUACUGGGACUUCACUCGAGCAGAGUUCACUCGCAAUUCAGCCGAGGCGGAAUCCUGCUUCUACAUCGCCAUCUCCUGCAAUUCCAGGCUCGAAUUCUUCUUGGGUGAUCUUCAGAACGAGUUGAUCCGGAGGUCUGGAUUGGUCAUGACCCGCCAUAUCCCUGAAGCGGCCCUGUUGUCCCGCAGAGAGCAUGUAUUUGGGCACAAGAGUUACGUUUCUAGAGCUGAUUUCUUGGGAUCCAAACACGAGAUAGUCAUCGAAUGCAGUGGAGGUGUGCUCCAUGUGAAAGUGGAUGGCGAAACCAGUCUUGUUGUGAAGAGAUUGGGAUGGAAAUUCAGAGGGAACGAGAGAAUUUACAUGGGUGGCGUAGAAGUUGAAUUCUUUUGGGAUGUUUUCAAUUGGGUAAAUAAUGAUGACAACAUCAGGAAUGAUUCAGAUAAAAAUGGUAACCGAAAUGGACAUGGAGUGUUCAUUUUUCAAGUCGGGGAUGGCGGUGUGUGGCCUGAAAUGGUGGGACCAGAGAAAAGGUUAAUGAGGAAGAGCUUGUCGUCUGCGGCGGGAUUGGCUGCAAUGCCGUCGGUGACAUUGUCACCAUCUCCAUCGUGCUCAAGUGUGCUGCAAUGGGCGGAGGAGAGCAGUGACUGUGGGAGGAGUUCAUCAUGUUCUUCAUCUACGAGGUCAUAUGGGAGCAAUGGAGGCUUCUCCUUGUUGGUGUACGCAUGGAAGAAGGAUUAAGAAGUUAAGUUCCUAAUGCAAAUUCAUAUUUGUUGUGACAAUUUGAUUCGCUUUAUGUGCAAAAUUCUCUUCUUUUUCGUUUUCUGCAAUAUAUUUGUUUAAUUUGCAAUAAUUAUUUCCAUACCACAAUUAAUGUUCAUGAUACAUGAGUCUAUUAACUAUGUUACGAGACUUGGGAUAAAGUCUAAAAUUUUCC